UCGCUUACUAACAAUCUCGCAAAUCCCAUCCAUUCACCCUUAAAACAAACGGGCGCUUGAGCUUUUCGUAGGUUGUGGAAGCUGCCAGAGAAGAUUCAAUUAGCGUUUGAUUUAAGAAUUGGCAGGGGACAGGGACAGGAACUUUCAGGUUCCAUUGAAGCUUUGAUAUUGGUAUUGUUGCAAAUCAAAAGACCAAUAAAACAAAAAAACACAAAUGAUCUACGACGUUAACUCACCGCUUUUCAGGUCCUUCCUUAGCCAGAAGGGAGGUUCCUCUGACAAGAGGAAAACUGAGGAGCAGAAACCCAAGGAACAGAGGCCAAAGGCUAAUGAAAAUAAGCCUGUUAUGACAGAGUGAUAGCCACCAGAUCAAGCUUUGGUGCAGGGUAGGAUUUUUAAAAUGCUAUAAUGAACUAUUUGAUGGACCCAUUUUGAAGUGAAUUUGGUUACUGAUGAAACUUACUGUGAUUAUUAUUAUUUUAUUUUUUUGAUAAAUAACUUACUGUGAUUAUUAUUAUUUUUUAAAAUGCUAUAAUGAACUAUUCAUGAGUUUGUGAUGGCAAAUCUUCUGAAUGCAAUACGCUUAAAGACUUGAUCCGUCUGGUUCGUCUUGCAUUCGCUUCAUCACCUUAUGUCUUAGUGAUUGCACGCCUGUCCUCGUGUUGAUGAUUGGAACGUUUGCCAUGGUUGUGUGGUGGGCUUCAAUAUGAAAAUAUAAGACAUGUUAUUUUGAUUGAAA